CUCUCAAUGUGUAAGUCUAAAAAUAGUCAUGUGUGAUCUUGUUUGAUUUGUCUUAACAUAUAGAUUAUUAAUAUAUAAUUUUUAUAAUUUUUUAAUAUACAAAUUACAGGAUAAAAUGGAUUAAAAAAGUGCAUUGAAUGGUGUGCAAAAAUGAAAGUGGACAAAUAUAGAGGGCCGGAGAUUAUAUAAUAUUAUGGUACAAUCUUGAAUUCUCGAUGGACUCUAUCAAACAUAAAAGGAGUGGGGGCCAUCGUACCCCAUACUUUGAAAUUGCAUCCGCCGACCCCCUCUGUCCUUAUUGCCUAGCGUUCAUUCUCUACAGCUAUGCUUCUUCAUCUGCGUUUCUUUACACUGGUUCUGAAAGUUAAUUAUUAGCGAGGGAUAAAUAAAUAAAUAAAUUCUAUUGGAGUCAAAUAAUUAAUACUGUAAUAGCAUAUGAUUCCCCCGGCGGGUGAGACCCAUCAUAUUGAAUUGGGACUUCCCAAUGGGCGGAAAGAGUCUGAGCUUCUCCCAAGUGGUUCGGGUGAUCCCAGAGGCGACGACACAAAGAUUAAUUCUUAUGGCUCAAAGGAGACCAAUGACAUUGAUGGGAGCUAAGAGAGAAACCAAUAAUAACAAUGGUGUAGAGGGUGCAAGGAGUAUCCAGAUUGAGGCUUCUUCCAGGACAAACAGUGCUAGGAAAAUCUCAAUCUUGCCUCUGGUUUUCAUCAUCUUCUAUGAAGUAUCCGGGGGCCCGUUCGGCACCGAGGAUAGCGUGGGUGCAGCGGGCCCCCUUCUCUCACUCCUCGGGCUGUUACUGUUCCCGAUUGUUUGGAGCGUGCCCGAGGCGUUGAUAACCUCCGAAAUGGGGACCAUGUUCCCGGAAAACGGUGGCUAUGUGGUUUGGGUUUCAUCUGCAUUUGGCCAAUUCUGGGGGUUUCAGCAAGGGUGGAUGAAGUGGCUAAGUGGAGUCAUUGACAAUGCUCUUUACCCUGUCUUGUUUCUUGAUUAUCUCAAAUCUGAGAUCCCUGCUUUGGGUGGUGGCUUCCCAAGAGUAGGGGCAGUUUUGGGUUUGACUCUCAUCCUCACUUAUGCCAACUAUAGGGGUUUAACAACCGUGGGGUUCGUCGCGGUUUUGCUCGGAAUCUUUUCGCUCCUCCCCUUUCUUGUCAUGGGGCUCAUCUCGAUCCCGAAGAUCGAGCCGAGGAGGUGGUUGGUGGGUGCUGAUUUCCACAAUGUGGAUUGGAACUUGUAUCUCAACACGCUCUUCUGGAACCUCAACUACUGGGACUCGAUCAGCACGCUCGCCGGGGAAGUAGAGAACCCGAAGAAGAUCCUCCCGAGGGCAUUGUUUUACGCGUUGCUUUUGGUCGUCGCCGCGUACCUCUUCCCGAUGCUGACCGCCACGGGGGCGGUCCCGCUUCACCGCGACAAGUGGAGCGAUGGGUACUACUCGGAAAUCGCGAUGAUUCUCGGCGGGAAGUGGCUAAGGUGGUGGGUCGAGGGGGCCGCAGCGGUGUCGAAUCUCGGGAUGUUCGUGGCCGAGAUGAGCGGGGACUCGUUCCAACUUCUCGGGAUGGCGGAGCGGGGGAUGCUUCCGGAGGUCUUCGCGCGGAAGUCCCGACACGGGACCCCGCCGGUCGGGAUCCUCUUCUCGGCGUCGGGCGUGGUCAUACUCUCGUGGCUCAGCUUCCAAGAGAUUAUAGCAGCAGAGAACUUUCUCUACUGCUUUGGAAUGCUCUUAGAGUUUGCGGCUUUCGUCAGGCUGCGGAUCAAGCAGCCCGACGCGGCUCGCCCGUACAAGAUACCGGUGGGUACAGUCGGAGCAAUCGCAAUCUGCAUUCCCCCGACCGUGCUCCUCUGCGCCGUGUUGGCGUUUUCUUCGCUUAAAGUUGCAGGUGUAAGCAUUGUUGCAGCUUCCAUUGGGCUGGCAUUGCAACCAUGUCUAAAGCAUGUUGAGAAGAAGAAAUGGUUGAAGUUCUCAACCAAUUUGGACCUUCCUGAUAUUGAUCAAACCACAAGCCACCACACUACUACUACUUCCUCAGCCUGAAUGUCAGCUAGCUUCUCUGUUGAUUUCAUGCAGCAAGAUAUCUAAGUUGUGAACUAUAGACAUUUGGGUAAAUAAAAUAAAAGAAUAUUU